UAAACUAAACUAUCUAUCUAUCACAAUAUGACUAAUAAGAAUCAUCGCUAAAUAUAUUCAUUGGAUAAUCAGAAAUACGUUCGUGUUUAUACAGUUUAUUUGAAACGCUUGUAACGGGAAAAACUUGAUUGUAAACAUAUGCAUAUUAUUGGACUUAAUUAACAUACACCAAUAGGGCAUCAUGCCAGACCUGUUCGAUACAGCACGCCAGAAGUUUGAGAAUGUUAAAAACUUCAUGGAAACGCGCGAUUACUCUGAUAAAACUGACAAGACGGCGAGUCUACACGACACCAUAAAAGCAAAGGGCAACAACUUCUCCGAAACGGUGCGUAAAGAUCCUCGACCUUUGAGCAAGUACAGAGGUAUCGAGGUGGCGCCGGUCAAUGACCCGUUUACGAAACGGCCCCACUCAAACUGGCCUAUUCACAGCCAGCCCCACGACGAGCCAUUCGAUUUGUCGAAAUUCGGAUCGGCCUUGAAAAGCGUUAGGAGGUCUUUACAACUCAUCGACGAUUUGGAAAACAAAGUAACUGGGCGAUGAGUGUACUGUGUAUACCCAUAAUUGAUUUACGACAACCGCACGAAUCCUCAUUAAGUCAAUUAAGACCAUGACUCAGAAGCAGCGAAGAAUGGCAUAGCUAUCUAGUAUACGUCACCUUUUAUAGUUAUUGCUAAAGCCUGCACAUUUUAGAAGUGUUGAACUUAUCCGAAUUCACAACACAUCAUGUUUCCGAACGACGUAUGCAUUUUUAUGUAACGUACAAUUAUAUAUCAGUCAAUAUAUACUCUCACCUUAAUAACUGU